GCCUCGGCUCAGGAUCCGGCCACCCAUUAUUGCACCUAAUCAAGGUCGCGAAGGAAACCUCCGUCAUUCCUUCCACCUGCACAUGCCUUUUACCUUCGCCUCUACUGCCGCAAAGCGUGGUCAUCACUGAAGGAGAUCGCGGCGAGGCUGACAAGGUGACACAUUGAAGAUGGCGAUACGAGAGGAUAUCGUCGCCUCAGCGACGCAGUGUUAGUACCGACGAACCGAUGUAUCGCGCGCGACCUUAUACUGACCGAAUUGUAGUUCUGCAAGACCCGAGUGUUGCAAGCUCAUCCAUCGAGAGCCGCAUGUCGUUCCUACGGACUAAGAACCUAACCCAAGAGGAAAUCGAUGCCGCUCUGUCAAGAGUCGGCGUCCAGGCUGCACCGGGUCCGAUGCCGGUCGCUCAGCAGCAGCAACAACAGCAGCAGCCGCAACAAUACUACCAGCCAUCAUACCCUCCUCAGUACCAGGCAUGGCAACCUCCACCGCCGCCCCCUAAGAGAGACUGGAGGGACUGGUUCAUCAUGGCAACAGUCGUUGGUGGUUUCAGCUACGGCGCAUAUACUCUGGCCAAGCGAUACGUGGUUCCCCUGAUUGCGCCGCCGACACCCGAAAAGCUCGAGCAGGACAAGAAGUCGAUCGAAGAGCAGUUCGACAAGGCCUUUGGGCUUGUAGAGCAGCUGGCCAAGGACACGGAAGAACUCAAGGCUACGGAGCAAAAGCGGACCGAAAAGCUGGACACAGCUCUGGAAGACAUUGAAAAGAUCAUGACGGAGCUGAGGAACGCCAACCAGCGACGAGAACUCGAGACACAGCGCGUCAAGGACGAUGUGCAGAUCCUCAAGGAUUCCAUCCCCAAGGCUAUGAACACCCAGAAGGAUCUUACCGAUUCGAGACUGAAGGAGGUCAACACCGAACUCACUAGCCUCAAGACCCUGAUAACACAACGCAUGACUGCCGCGUCAUCAUCGACGCCGGCCAACGGUCUGCGAACUGGUGCGACCGCUACGCCCGCUUCUCCUGUCCUGAACCGCACCGGUACCACGGGCAACGAUACUUCCGCGAGCAGCACCGAGGCCGCUGCCGGCACCGACGCCAGCAAGCCUGCUAGCACGCCGACCUUCAACCGCCCUUCGCCGUUCAGCGGUGCCACGGGCGCAAAGGCCUCUAUCCCGGCCUGGCAGAUGGCCAUGGCCAACAAGGACUCUGCGGCCUCACCAGCAGCGACGAACGGAACCGCGUCCGACAGCAGCUCGCAGCAGCAGGCAUCCGCUUCUUCGUAAAUGGGCUAAAAAGGGAACACAAUGUACAGUAUGCAUCUAUGAUUUCAUUGCGUCAUGAACAGGAGAGCGACGGGUGUAAUUGCGCGUGUGG